CAAAAACACAUAAUCCUCGACGUCGUCGGCACCUGCAUCUCCUUCAGCACCUUCAUCCGCCGCAUCGAAACCAUCCUCGGCCCGCGUCUCCGCACCCACCACACCAACGCCCACAUCUUCAGCUACGCCUGGAUGCAAGCCUCCGAGCUCGAAUACACCAUGCUGCUUAUGUCCUCGCGCUACACACCCUACAGCGAAGUCUUCAAAACAUUAUUCUACCGUGUGCUAUACAUGUCCGGGAUCGAGAACCCGAGGGAAUUCGCCACCGAAGAUGAGCGCGAUGCGUGCCAGGCCGCUUGCUCCUUGUUGGAAUUGCGUCCUGGGUGUCGGGAGAUGAUGGAGAAGUUAAGGGGUAAUGGGUUUGAGAUUUGGUGUUUGACGACGGGGGAUGUGGCGAGGGUGAGUGGGUAUUUUGUUCGGGAGGGGGUGGAAAUGCCUGUGGAAAGGGUGGUUAGUUGUGUGGAUUUCAUGGAGGGUGGUGGUGGGGAUAGGUUGGGGGUGGUGAAGCCGUCGAUGGGGGCGUAUAGGAGGAUAGUGGAGAGGUUGGGUUUGGGGGAGGAGGAUGAGAUGUGGUUUGCGGCGGCGCAUAUGUGGGAUGUUAGUGCGGCUGUUAAGGCUGGGUUCCGAGGCGCUUACUGCUCGGCUUAUGAGAAGGAGUCGCGUAUUGAGAUCUUUGAUACUCGGAUGGAUGUCAUGGCUGAUAGUUUGCCGGAGAUGGCGGAUAAGAUUAUUGCCAUGACUUCGUGA